AUGACUAACACCACUUAUGGACAGUUGGGGGACCUCAAACGCCGAUCCAUCUUGGGGGCGAUUCCCGCCAAGUGGAGAUUUCAGAAUCCUAUUCCCCCGGCGGAUGAACUUCGUGAUGUGACCGGUGCCUAUAUUCAACAAUUCUUGACUCCACGAGAAAUACAGAUCACUGAGACUGAUGCGGCGGGGAUUACUGAGCAGACAACGUCUGGUAAUUGGACUGCUGUCGAAGUGACCGAGGCGUUUUGUCACAGGGCUGCCCUUGCUCAUCAGCUUGUGAACUGUCUGCAUGAGGUGUUCUUCGAUGCUGCAAUCGAGGAUGCAAAAAGACUCGAUGCAUACUUUGCCGAGCAUAAGAAACCGAUCGGACCGCUGCACGGUCUGCCGAUCAGUUUGAAGGAUCAAUUCCAUGUCAAAGGCAAGAAGGAUGAUCCGAGGCGGGCCACAUUCGAGAGUGAACUCGUCAAGGAGCUUAGGAAUCUUGGAGCGGUACUGUACUGCAAGACGAGUGUGCCUGCAACUUUGAUGACAGGUGAAACCGUCAACAACAUUAUCUCGUAUACAUGGAAUCCUAAAAAUCGACUUCUAUCCAGUGGAGGUAGCUCGGGUGGUGAAGGAGCACUGAUCGCUUUGAAAGGAUCUCCCAGUGGCUUUGGAACUGAUAUCGGCGGGAGCAUACGUAUCCCAGCUGUGUUCAACGGACUUUUUGGAAUCCGUCCAUCAUCUGGGAGAAUGCCCUAUGAGGGCGCUGCAAACUCAAUUGAUGGCCAGAAUUUGAUGUUGUCGGUCGUUGGGCCACUUGCAACUACCGCACGUUCUCUUACACUUCUGUUCAAGACUGUGCUCAGUCAACAGCCAUGGUACCAUGACCCACUCGUGCUGGAACUGCCCUGGAGGGCAGAUAUUGAAGAGAGGACUCGAGCGCUGAUAAGAAAAUCAACUGAGGGUUCUCCUUCUCUUGCAUUUGCUAUUAUGCGCCACGAUGGCAUGGUCCAACCUCAUCCACCCAUAGCGAGGGCUGUCGAGAUUGUCGAACAAACUUUGAAGCGACUAGGCCAUAAGUUGAUCGAGUGGAAUCCGCCUGCCCACCAUGUUGCCGUAGACCUAUUUGGUAGGGUCUGUGUGGCUGAUGGUGGAGCGGACAUAGCACACCACCUUGGGUUAUCGGGAGAACCAAAAUCUCUCCAAUGUAUUGUGGGGGAGGGAAUCCCACACCUGAGUGCUCUAGAAAUUGCUGCACUCAAUGUGGAGAAGCGGCAAUAUCAGAAGCUUUACAUGGAUUACUGGAACAGUACAGCGGAGAUAACGGGUACUGGGCGCCCUGUCGACGGUGUAAUCUGCCCAUGUGCGCCACACGCUGCAGUAAUCCCCCAUAAGUAUGCCCAUGUUGGGUAUACCGCGUUCGUUAACGUCUUGGACUACACCAGCGUCGUGUUCCCGGUCACCCAUGCAGACAAAAAGGUUGAUGUGCCUCAACCGAAGGAUGAUUUCCUGGGUGAGGUGGACAAGACAGUUCAUGAGCAAUAUGAUCCUGAAGCUUACGAUGGUGCUCCAGCCGGGCUUCAAUUAGUUGGGCGGCGACUGGAGGAGGAAAAAAUAUUGACCUUAGCAGACUACAUCAGCCAAGAGGUGCGCUUACAGUCUGAAAUUAGCUAG